AUGGGUACUUUAAUUGUUACUAGGAAAAACGAUAUUAAAGUUAUUAAAUUUAAUAAACCGAAGAAGAAAAACGCAAUCGAUUAUUAUAUGUAUAUGAAAGUGAAAAAGGAAUUAGACAGUGCCGCUGCCGAUGAAAGUAUUUCAAUGGUGGUUCUAAGCGGCACAGGAGAUUUUUACUGCAGUGGUAAUGAACUUGGAAACAAUUUAGAAAUAGAUCAAGAAUUACUUUUUGAAUCAGUUAAAAAUUUUAUAAAGGCGAUAAUAUUGUUUCCAAAAUUAUUGGUUGCUGUUGUAAAUGGUCCAGCCGUUGGAAUUGCAGCAACAACUUUACCGUUUUGCGACUUCGUUUACGCAUCUGAAAAGGCCUAUUUUUACACACCGUUCACCAAACUGGGUCUUGUGGCUGAAGCAUGUUCAACAAUUAAUUUUCCUCGAGUGAUGGGAGACCGAUUGGCCACAAAAAUGUUGAUGUUAAACUACAAAAUGCCAGCUCAAGAAGCUUUGAAGUGCGGUUUAGUGACCGAGGUCUACAAACGAGAAGAACUUGAAAGUAAAGCCUGGGAAAAUAUUGAAAAUAUAUUAAGCUUACCUCUGGAUUCGCUCCUUACUACCAAGAAAUUAGUUCGACGACCAUUACUACAACAAUAUCUUGAAACCAACGAAAUUGAAAUGCAGGAAGUUAAACGUCUAGUGCAAAGUAAAUUGUAA